ACAAGUUCGGGUUCCCGUUUUGUCCCCUGGAAACACUUCCUUUAUCGUCUGUGCUACUUGCAGUGCGUUUGGCUUUUUGGUUGUGUUGUCAAAUUGAUGAUGUUUUCUGAAUUAGCUUGUGAUUUUGUCUGUUUGCAUUUGCAGUGCAUUGAGCUCUCAGGGCCAGAAUAUCUAUGAUUCAUUUUCUGAUUAUCUUUCGUCAAAUUAAUUUUUAUCCAACACAGAAUAUGUGACACUGUCAGACAAAGCCCAUCCAUCCACCCACCCACCCUUUCCUACUGUCUAAUCUCACCUCAGCCUGUUACUGUACGCAGCUUUCCCCUUGAGUUUUUCUUCAUUGAAUUUGUCUGUUCUCAUCCAGCAGGUUACAGUUCCUGGAAACACAGAGGUCAUGAAUGUGAACGGAGCCUGUCAGCAGCAUGAGAUUGGUGAUCUGGGCUAAAAGGACAGUUGGGAGUUUACUUGACUUUGUACAGAGACGUGGACUUGAGUUAUAGCUUCAAUCUGGCUCUGAAAAAGGUUAGACACUGAAGACAACCUGUUGCUUUGCUGGAAGCGGAGGGGGGAACAUUUCCCAGCAGCGACUCCACCACCACCACCACCACCACAGAGGAGUUGCAGCUCCAUGCAUCAGCAGUCAUGAUAAUUACACACCCACUUCACACCAUCACCCACAUCUUGGAAAGCCUAUCCCCGACUGAAGACCCCCGGCAUCACAACUCAGGAGCGACACGGACACCACCGGCGGCUUUUGCGUCAUUUCAUCACAAUUAACAGAGUUUACCAGACAUUCCUGGAGCGUUAUACCUUACAGAAGGCUGUCACGGACACGGGAUCAUUCUUUAAAGUUAGAGGAGGGGAUUCAAAUCAUUUUUUUUUUUUAAUUUUUAAUUUUUUUUUUUAAAAUAAUGGCCAACUCCGGUAUUCAGCUGUUGGGAUUUUUCCUGUCGCUAAUCGGGAUCGUCGGACUGAUCAUCGGGACUAUCCUGCCGCAGUGGAAGAUGUCGGCGUACAUCGGGGACAACAUCAUCACAGCGGUGGCCAUGUACCAGGGGCUGUGGAUGUCAUGCGCUUUCCAAAGUACCGGACAGCUCCAGUGUAAAAUCUACGACUCCAUCCUGCAGCUCGACAGUUCCCUUCAGGCAACUCGUGCCUUGAUGAUAGUUGGCAUCAUCGUGUCCAUCGCGGGGUUGGGCGUGGCCUGUAUGGGAAUGAAGUGCACCACCUGCGGAGGGAGCGACAAACUACGCAAGUCCCGCGUCGCCAUGACAGGAGGAAUCAUCCUCCUAGUGGGCGGGCUUUGUGCCAUCGUGGCGUGCUCCUGGUUUGCUCAUAAUGUCAUCCGGGCUUUCUAUAAUCCCUACACUCCUGUCAACACCAAAUUCGAGUUCGGCGCGGCCAUCUUCAUCGCGUGGGGCGGCUCCCUCCUAGACGUCCUGGGCGGGGCCAUGUUGGCUGCUUCCUGUCCGAGAAAGAAGCAGGUAUCCAAAUAUCCGCCCAUGGCCAGUUCCCGCUCCGGCCCUCCGAGCAGCACGAAGGAAUACGUCUGAGAGCGUCCCCUUAUAGCCUGGGACUCGGACCAAGAAGCCCCCCCCCACCCCACCCCACCCUCCCUUCUCCCCUCCCAAACGAGUAAAAGUGAAGGUGUAUGGGCAGUGUUGUGAAUCAUAGACAGAUGCAAAGAGUUACUGAAAUGGGACUUUUCUUUACUUUUACUUCAGGCCUUUGAUAACCCCUUGAUUAUCAUGCAGCAAUCUCAAUUGUUUCAUGAAUGAUGUCUCGCACCCCGUCCACACAUUCCACAGUUGUUUACAAGUGGUCUUCACAAACGCAUUAUAAUUGGAUCCCCUGACUUUAAUAGACAACCCUCGGGGGGCGUAACCUCUGGAACAGUAGCCUAAAUGAUGGAUUACAGCGUUGAUAAAAGUGUUGGCUGUAAUGAUGGAUUACAGCCAACACUUGCACGUCCGUGUUAGAACCAGCAUCUAUUAGCGUUUGCCAUGUAAUUGAAAGUAAUCAAUUCCAGUUUGGUGCCUCGGCUGCGGAUCAGGGGCUCCGUACAACACAGACACACAGGGUGACAAUACAGUGUUUUUUUUUUUUUAUAUUAACUGUUGGCGCUUCUAAAAUAGACGUUACGAUGAGCAGGGUGCGACUUCACACGCAGGGCUCGCUGUGUAAGGGCGACUGUAUCACACAGGCCCUUUUACUACGACACUCCCGUCAGGCCCCUGCAGCUCUUCGUACCAGUCUGUUACAAACCCUGCUCAGAAAUGAAAUAUUUUGUUGUGUAGUCACCGUAGCCAUUGUCGCUCUAAUAGCUUCCAUCCAUAUCAGCCACUGUAAGAAUAAACCGCCUCUAUUUAUUUUGUCAAACGUAGGUUGUUUUUUUUUUUUUUUGCUCCUGUGUAGAUUCACAAUAAUCUGUAGUUCACUCUGGCCCUUUUGUAGCUUUCAGAGACUCUGUCAUAUUUUUUAUUAAGAUGUUUUAUGCUCUGAACAGUGUCUGCUGUUUUUUUUUUUUUUUUUUUAAAUGUCAUAGUUUUAUACAUUUGGCUCAUCUAGCAGAUAAAAGAAUGAAUGAAAGAACAUUUUUAACAUGUCCAAGAGUACUUAAAUAAUAAACAUUGCAAAAACC